AUGAAUUUAUUUAGUUCUCUUUCAGGAAAAAGUUCAGGUAGAAGUGGUUCAAAAGGAAGUGCUAAUCGUGGUGGUGUUGGUUAUGGUUGGGGAUCUUAA